AUGGUUCAAAGCAUCGAAAGUAGGGUUUCCUCCCGCGUCCUUCCCGCUGGUGAACAGCGCGCGCCCUCUUGUGUGCAGCAGGUGGCGCUGGUUGCGCUGUUGGCCGCCGUGUGGCAGCACGCGUCCGCCGCCGAACGCGCCUUCUCGUACUCGCGGCAGUCGGUGAGCGGGCCGCCGGUGGUGGGCCCGGCGCAGAAGAUCGCCGUGCGCGACCCGCACGGCCAAGGCCAAGACAGCUACGAUUACGUGGCGCACCCUCAGUACCGCAACGCGUACGAAGUGGCCGACCCGCACUCUGGCGACUUCCACAUGCACGAGGAGCAGCGGGAGGGCGACGCCGUCAAGGGCAGCUACCGCCUCCACGACGCCGACGGCCGCAUCCGCACCGUGCACUACACGGCCGACGCCGGCGGCUACCGCGCCCAGGUCAGCUACUCCUCGCCAGGCAGCGUGGGCGUCGGCGGCGGCAGCCAGCACGCCCGCGCGCCCGCCCCGGCGCCCGCCGCACACGAGGGGCGCCACGAGCAGGGCGUGCUCGUCCCGCCCCCGGUGCCCGCGCACGCGCAGGUGCACCAGCCGGCGCGGCCGGCGCCCGUGCACGAGCAGCAGCCCCUGGGGCCGAGCGCCGCGCACGCCGACCACCUGCGCCAGCACCGCGCGCACCUCGCCAAGCACCAGCAGCGCGUGCGCCACCACGCGCAGCACCACGCGCACCUCGCGGAGGCGCAGGGGCUGGCACAUCUGCAGCAGUGA